AUGUCAAGUGCAACUUCCAUCACAUGGCCCUCAAAGUAUCUACCUGGAUUAACCGAUAAUUUCGUAUCGAACGAAAUGAUAGUUAAAGGUAUUACAGCUCGUCAAAUAUGGACAUUAUUAGCCGAUAUAACCAAAUGGGAAAGUUAUUAUGAUAAUUGUUCAGAAAUCAAAGCGCCUCCCUCUGGACCUAUACUUGCAAAAGGAGAUGAAUUCUCUUUUUCGACAUUCGGUUUCCCUCCUUUACCUUCGACGGUAGCUGAGUCCAUCGAGCCCACGUCGACUCGUCCGGGGAGACUGGCAUGGAUGGCUCAAAGUGCAAAAGGGACGAAAGAACAAGAGAAAAUUGACGUUUAUCACGCAUGGAUCAUAGAAGAUUUGGAUCAAGAUAGAGUCCGAAUAUUGACUCAGGAAAGUCAAAUUGGACAACCGGCAAAACAACUUUCAAUUGAAAAACCUAAUAAAAUGUUGAAUGGUCAUCAGGAUUGGUUGGAUGGUUUGAUCAAAUCAGCUAGAGAAUUACAGAAACAGGGUUAG